UCUCGGCCGGCCCGCGCCCUCAGCGGAAGCCGGAAGCAAGGGCGGGCCCUGCUAGCCCCGCGGCUCCGAACUCGGUGGUCUUGGAGGCUCCGCAGGAUGGGGCCGAAGAUGGCGGAGGAGGAGUUCCCCAACACAACUCACGAAGCUUUCAAUGUCACCCUCCACACUAGCCUGGUUGUCACUACAAAACUGGUGCUCCCGACCCCUGCCAAGCCCAUCCUCCCCGUGCAGACGGGGGAGCAGGCUCAGCAGGAGGAACAGUCGAGUGGCAUGACUAUUUUCUUCAGCCUCCUUGUCCUAGCUAUCUGCAUCAUAUUGGUGCAUUUACUGAUUCGAUACAGAUUACAUUUCUUACCAGAGAGUGUUGCUGUUGUUUCCUUAGGUAUUCUCAUGGGAGCAGUUAUAAAAAUUAUAGAGUUUAAAAAACUGGCAAAUUGGAAGGAAGAAGAAAUGUUUCGUCCAAAUAUGUUUUUCCUUCUAUUGCUUCCACCUAUUAUAUUUGAGUCAGGAUAUUCACUACACAAGGGUAACUUCUUUCAAAAUAUUGGUUCCAUCAUCUUGUUUUCUGUUUUUGGUACAGCAAUUUCUGCUUUUGUAGUAGGUGGAGGAAUUUAUUUUCUGGGUCAGGCUGAUGUAAUCUCUAAACUCAACAUGACAGACAGUUUCGCAUUUGGCUCCCUAAUUUCUGCCGUCGAUCCAGUGGCUACUAUUGCCAUUUUCAAUGCACUCCACAUAGACCCAGUGCUCAACAUGCUGGUUUUUGGAGAGAGUAUUCUCAACGAUGCAGUCUCCAUCGUCUUGACCAACACAGCUGAAGGUUUAACAAGAAAAAAUAUGUCAGAUGUCAGUGGGUGGCAAACAUUUGUACAAGCCCUUGGCUACUUCCUCAAAAUGUUCUUUGGCUCAGCAGCGCUCGGCACUCUCACUGGCUUAAUCUCUGCAUUAGUGCUAAAGCAUAUUGACUUGAGGAAAACGCCUUCCUUGGAGUUCGGCAUGAUGAUCAUUUUUGCAUAUCUUCCUUAUGGGCUUGCGGAAGGAAUCUCACUCUCGGGCAUCAUGGCCAUCCUGUUCUCAGGCAUCGUGAUGUCCCACUACACGCACCAUAACCUGUCCCCGGUCACCCAGAUCCUCAUGCAGCAGACCCUCCGGACCGUGGCCUUCCUGUGCGAAACAUGUGUGUUUGCAUUUCUUGGCCUGUCCAUUUUUAGUUUCCCUCACAAGUUUGAAAUUUCCUUUGUCGUCUGGUGCAUAGUGCUUGUACUGUUUGGCAGAGCAGUGAACAUUUUCCCUCUUUCCUACCUUCUGAAUUUCUUCCGUGAUCAUAAAAUCACCCCGAAGAUGAUGUUCAUCAUGUGGUUUAGUGGCUUGCGGGGUGCCAUCCCCUACGCCCUGAGCCUGCACCUGGACCUGGAGCCCAUGGAGAAGCGGCAGCUCAUCGGCACCACCACCAUCAUCAUCGUGCUCUUCACCAUCCUGCUGCUGGGCGGCAGCACCAUGCCCCUCAUCCGCCUCAUGGACAUCGAGGACGCCAAGGCGCGCCGCCGGAGCAAGAAGGAUGUCAACCUCAGCAAGACAGAGAAGAUGGGCAACACAGUGGAGUCGGAGCACUUGUCGGAGCUCACCGAGGAGGAGUAUGAAGCCCACUACAUCAGGCGGCAGGACCUCAAAGGCUUCCUGUGGUUGGAUGUCAAGUACCUGAACCCAUUCUUCACACGGCGGCUGACCCAGGAGGACCUCCACCACGGGCGCAUCCAGAUGAAAACCCUCACCAACAAGUGGUACGAGGAGGUGCGCCAGGGCCCCUCUGGCUCUGAGGACGAGGAGCAGGAGCUGCUGUGACCGAGCAGGGCCUCCCCACGUCUCCGGAUGGACACCCAGCAAGGGCCCCUGAGGUGCGCGCAUUUGGCGGGCUCGUCAGGAAGAUGAAAGAGGGUGGAGCCAAGGUGCUGCCUUCUUUCCCGGACCAGCCAGGCCAGCUGGCUUCUGAAACAAGUCCUCUCCCACUCCCCACCCAGCCAGCCCUCUGCUCACAGCCUCACUCCCAGCCUGCAGAUUAGACGGAAACCUGUGCAGGUAAAUGUUUCCUUUGCUUCUGCAGCCAAGGCACACAGUCAUCUGGCCGGCCCAGGUGCCUGGGAGGAGGAAUCCUGCUGUGGAAGCUGCUGUGACUGGGUGUCCUCGGGGGAACGCUGGCUAGCCAUUCCCAGCUAACGCCAUCAUCAUGACCCUAGGGGCGGGCAGGGCGAGGAGCCAGCUGCCAGUUUCCUUAUCAUCAUCAAGGUGCCUUGGGCCUCAGCAUCAGCAGUUCUGACCUACGUAGCAGGCCCAGAAACCUUGAAAACCUCACACUCCCCUUUGUGAUGUUGCUUGCACACCCUGAGAAAGAAAAACUGACCUUUUUCUUCUUUACCUCUGAUUGGCACCUCGAAGGCUGUCUCCCUGGGUGACAGGCAGCCACUGCCUUCUCUGGAAAUACUGUGAAUGUUUACACUGGUAACCAGCACGUAGGCACAGGCUUCUGUGGAGCCCCUUUGGAAGCUGCAUCCCUGGUUUUGGGAUGAGUGAGCCUAUUUUCUGGUGUCAGAGCGCCCUCUACAGGACAAAUCUAGCAGUACAGUGCUUAGGCAGGCCAGCAACUUCUGAAUUUAAAUUCAUGCACUUGAACAAAUGAUGAGAACCUAGCAGUCACCUCCCUCACCUUGAUUCCCUACUCAGUGUCCUUGUGUGUCCAGAGGCCCCUUUUCUUGGGCUCCAUGGGUUCUGCCCACCGAUUACUUGCUGCCACCUUCACAGCUAAUCAGCAUUUCCUCUUCCCAAGUCUCUACUUUUUGGGGUCCCACUUGUCCUCCAGUUCGCCCAAGCAUGGAGACGGGCCAGGGCCUGCCACCCCCUCCCCAGUGGCCUGCAUUCACAUGCAUCCGGUCCCCAGCAGCCACUGGACCCCAGGCAGGCCCUGUUCCUCCCAUUCUGUUACAGAGUGCUGACACUCAUACACACCCCGCCCUGACUGCAUGGGCCUGGCCCCGGGCCUCUGGAGGCAAGGAGCUGCCAAUCAUGUCCAGAUGAUAUGGAAUUAAUAACUCUCACAUCCAUGCCUCACCUGCCCUAAUUCAACAAGCCUCGUACCUGCUUGCGUUUGCCCAUAUAGGGGCUGUUUUGGCAUUCCCACGUGUGGCUCAGGGCCCCAGCUGGAGCUGGGACUUAGCCCCCUCCGGGUGAUUUAAUGCAUCAUGUGCAUGUGCUUGGUUCUCUGUGGGGACCCAGUGGGCCAGCAUGGGCCCUGGCUGGCAGCAAAUAUGUGUUCAUCUCUUCUGCCUCUGGCAGCAUGACUCUGUCUGUCAGGAAGGACUGACCUUGGGACCCCUCAGGACUCAGGUCCAGCCCACAAGGCCAGGCCCUUUCCCCUAAUGCCUUUCCUUUCCCCAGGAGUGUAAAUUGUAAGGCCAGUCAGGCAGGAAGCACGCAGCCUCUUUUUAUGCAUGAAAAGUAAAUUUGUACUUUAUAGAGCUAAAAUAUUUUUCUUUUUGUAAUUUCCCCCUUUAACCCAAUAAUUUGAGCCAAACAG